UCAAAAAUAACUUCAAGAAAAUGGAAGAUCAUAUUUUCUCUCAUUUUAAUGCAAUUUUACUAUUCAUAUCUUUAACUCUUUUCUCCAUAUUCAUAUGGAAAAUAACAAAAACAUGCAAACAUUCAAAACCUCAACACCCCUUCCCACCAGAAAUCUCCGGUGGCUGGCCGGUAAUAGGUCAUCUCCUCCAAUUUUCCGGCAACGACAACGUCCCUUUAUCUCGAAAACUCACAUUUUUAGCCGAUAAAUAUGGCCCGGUUUUCACUUUCCGGUUAGGUCUACCUCGUAUAUUAGUCGUCAGUAGUUAUGAUGCUGUUAGAGAUUGUUUGAAUACUAAUGAUAAAGUAUUUUCUGACCGGCCAGCAAGUUUGGCCGGUGAAUAUAUUGGUUAUAAUAAUGCUAUGCUGUUUUUAGCUAGUUAUGGUACUUAUUGGAGAAAAAUUCGAAAAAUUGUAAUAAAGGAAGUUUUAUCAAGUAGUAGGUUAGAAAAAUUGAAAAAUGUUAGAGUUUCUGAAGUUCAAAUGAGUAUUAAAGAGCUUUACUCUUUGUUUCCAGUCACCAGAGAUAAUCUUGAUAAUCCGGUGGUAAAGGUUAAUCUUACUAACUGGAUAGAAAAGCUGACUUUGAGCUUGAUAGUCAAAAUGAUAGCUGGAAAAAGCUAUGGAAGGCUUAAUGAGAGAGUAGAAGAUGAAGAAGAAGCAGAAAGAUUUAAGAAAGCUUUAAAGGAUUUUAUGUAUAUUUCAAUGGAGUUUGUGUUAUGGGAUGCAUUUCCUAUUCCUUUAUUCAAAUGGAUUGAUUUUCAAGGGCAUGUUAAGUUUAUGAAAAGGACAUUUAAAGAUAUUGAUUGUGUUUUACAAAAUUGGUUGGAUGAACAUGUGAAGAAGAGAGAGAGUGUUGAUGUUGUUGUUGCUGGAAAUGAACAAGAUUUUAUUGAUGUGAUGCUUUCUAUGAUGAGUCAUGAAGAUUUUGCAGAUAGUUAUACUAGAGAAACCACCAUUAAAGCUACAGCUCUGAGUAUGGUGUUGGAUGCUUCAGACACGACUGCAAUUCACUUAAAUUGGGUAAUGGCUACAUUGUUAAACCAUAGGGAUGUCAUGAAGAAAGUCCAAGAAGAGCUAGACACAAAAGUUGGCAGAAACAGAUGGAUAGAAGAGAGUGACAUGACGAAUUUGGUUUACUUCCAAGCUGUCGUUAAAGAAACACUGCGAUUAUAUCCACCAGCACCUUUGUUAGUACCCCAUGAAUCUGUAGAGGAUUGUUUUGUACAAGGAUAUCACAUUCCGAAAGGUACAAGAUUGUGGGUCAAUACUAUGAAACUACAACGAGAUCCUAAGAUUUGGUCGAAUCCUGAUACAUUUGAUCCAGAGAGAUUCUUGACUAGUCAAGUAGGGGUUGAUGUUCGCGGUCAACAAUAUGAGUUCAUCCCGUUUGGCUCUGGAAGACGAUCUUGUCCAGGGAUCACGUAUGCAACUCAAGUGACACACCUUGCAAUAGCUCAUUUACUUCAAGGUUUUGAUUUUAGUACACCAUCGAACCAGCCUUUGGAUAUGAAAGAAGGUUUAGGCAUGACCAUGCGCAAAGUAAAUCCUAUAGAAGUGUUGAUUAUGCCUCGCUUGCCUUCUGUACUCUAUAAAUUCUAAGAUGUAAAUUGUUGUCUUGUUUGGUUAUGUAUGUAAUUUUUGGAUGUGUAUUUACUUAUUAAGAAACAAUUUGAGUGCCAAA